ACGCCCCUCCUCCCUCUCGGAGCAGGUAACUUUUCCCGCUGUUCUGACGCGUCCACCGCCACUUUCCGUCAGGUGGGACGGACACCUCCGGGCAGUUGACAGCGACUCUCCCGGGUUGCAGCCAUGGCCGAAUCACAGCUCAUGUGCAUGGAGGACGGCCACAUCGGGGCCCCCGUCCCGGAGACCAAGCCGGAGUUCUACUACAGCGAGGAGCACCGCGCCGCCGUCGAGGAGCUCCUGAAGAACGGCGACGGCGCCUUCAAAAUGCGUUUGAAGGAGGACAACACGAGGGACUUCCUGUCGGCCAGAGAGGUCAAAAUGUUGACUAGCACGUUCAGGCACUACGAGGCGGUCGGCGAAGGGGACAAUGUGGCGGCGGAGUCACCCUCCAUAUCAUCCCCGGAGGAUUCGGGGGUUCAUUCCACCUACUGGCCCCAAAUGUCGGACACGGAGGUACCACCCCUGGACAUAGGCUGGCCCAGUUGGGGAUUCUUCAAGGGGGUGACCCGGGUGGCGGUCCACACGCACCCACCCAAAGACAACGGGCCACACAUUAAGGAGGUAGUGCGCAGACUCAUACAGGGGGCCAACAAGGUGAUCGCCAUCGUGAUGGACUUGCUCACAGACCUCCAGAUCCUGCAGGACCUGAUGGACGCUGCCUGGCGCCGCUCCGUGCCCGUUUACAUCCUGCUGGACAACCACGGCGUGCCGCACUUCCUGGACAUGUGCUCCCGGCUGCAGAUCGGCGCCCAGCACCUGCGGAACAUCCGAGCCAGGACGCUCACUGGGGUCGGCUUCAACCUGUCUUUUGGAAGAUUUCCUGGCUCCACGUGUGCCAAGUACAUGCUGGUGGACGGGGACAAGGUGGUGUUUGGAUCCUACAGUUUCUCGUGGGCCACGUCCCGCAUGGAUCGCAACAUGAUCACCGUGAUGACGGGCCAGGUGGUGGAGUUCUUUGACCAGGACUUCCGCGAGCUCUACGCCAUCUCAGAGAAGCUGGACCUCUUCAAAGAGUUCCACGUGAGCCCGCCGGCCACCCGGAGCGCCACCGUCCGCUCCAAAGUGGGCCCCAAGCGGCCGCCGUUGCCGGCCACCACAUCGCGCUUCCAGGUCAGCUUGGGAGACGCCCGGAAGGUGGACAUCCAGGUGCCGGCCCACAAGUACUACAACCCCAAAUACUACCUCCUGUUCCCGGAUGUCCCGCACCCUCCCAGAUCUUUGCAGGGGCCAGGGCCAUCCAGGGGGCCGGAUCUGUUGCGGAACGCUGAGAUGCUGGAUCCGGGAACGCCGCAAGUCACCAGCAGCGAGAAGCUGGACCGCCUCAGUCCGCUGCCCUCGGAGGCGCCCGAGGAGUUCUUCAAGAAGCCCAACGGUGUUCCGCAGGAGAAGAAGAGACUGACGCUGAAGCAGAGGCUCUCCAAAAAACUGUCGUCCAGUAAGCUGUCCAUCAACAGCCCCGCCAACAAGUCUGGCCACGCCCCCGCGGGAUCCACCGGCCACCUGGAGGGCGACGACAGCUUUGAGGUGACGGUGAAGUCCCCUCCCAAGCUCAAACUGCUCAAGAGGCCGUCGGCACUGGGACCCAGGACCAACUCAGUGCAGACAGUGGACUCCACGCAGGACACCAUGAGCUUAAAGAGUCACCGUCGGAACAAACAAGUCUGCAAAGUGUCCUGAGGUCACGCCACGGACGUCUUUCAAAGAUUAUUACUAAAGUUCUGUUGGUUUUCUUAUGGUUUACAAGCACUAAAAUCACUUUUUUUAAGAGACUUGCUGCAGUGCCUCACAGGAAGUAGCGCUGACCUUUCACAAUCAAUAACACGUGUCUCCUAAAUUUGACAUUCAGGAAAAUAAAAUAACAUUUAUCAAGUCAUCAGCGGGAUGAUUCGUGUGCCUUUAUGUCUCGUUGAAGUUUGUAGUCAGGAAAAAACUUGCAAUCGUCCCUCGCAAUAUCACGUUUUUCAGAAAUUAAUUCAUAAAUGACAGCUGUUGUGCUAAAUGGUCUACUUUGAGUCAAGUACUUCCACAGCGGAUGAAGACCGCUGCAACGCAAGACGUCGCAUCUGCGCAUGUAAUCAGUGGAACACAUACACAACAACAGACGGGCGACAGCACGCAGUGAUACAACGGAUGCAACGGGAGAGAAAGUAACGGCGAGGAGCCAUUUUUGUGACGCAAAUGUAUUACUCUUUUGAACGCAUGUUUUUGUUGAGAAGCCAGACUCUUUGUAGCAACGUUACAAAACCCGUAUUUUAGCAAUGAAAAAAUCUGACACUGAGCGUGCGCGCUCUGUAAGGAGACGUCAUUAAAAUUGCAAUUUUUUCAUAGGAUAUGGGGCGUAUUUUCAUUCGUAUGCAUGUUUGUUAGGCAGAUUACUUCUUCCUCUUCAAUUUUGUAUGUGAUUUAUUUUGAGCGUUGGACCAAAUCAAGUGAAAUUAGUGCUUGGAAAAUGAAGUACAACUUAAAGCCUUUCAAACUCACGGACGGAAGCUUUAGGACAAGAUGAAAGGUAUAUGGGAUAUUCAUUUACUUGAAUAUCUAUCUGCAGACGAGAUUUCAUUCAAAUUGAAUUGUGCGAAAUAUGGAGGUUUUUUUGGCCCGGAAAUACUACAUGUUGCGUUUGCAGUGUGGUUAGUGUGGGGCCAAAAGGAAUGAAUCCACAGCAGUGUGAGGCAAACACGUGAAAAAUAUGACACUUCUCCUUCUUCCCUGGACUUAUUGAUUAUCCAAAAAAUGUAAAUGGCUGCUCUGUUGACUCUUAAAACAGAUGUUCGCAGCCCAAGUUGUGAUAUAUUUAGUAGUACGGCUGUACUUGCCAAAGUCCGCGGGUCGAUGACAGCUUUUGUCUUGACUCAAUGUUAAAGCAACGGGGACCAAAGGCACUAUUUUCCGGUAUAAAAUCUGCUCUAACUUCUUUAAUAUUUGGAGUAGAGAAGUGAAUGAUGUGUCAAAUUGAAGUUCCAGCCAUGCUUUAUCAGAUAGAAUUAAUCACAGACUUGAUUUUACACAUUUAAAAAUUUUGAAACAUUGCUACUCUUUACGUAAAUGGCCCCACCAACUAACCGGAACUACAUUCCUCAUCACACAAAUCCGACCAGAACUCGGCUCACAGGAGUGGGGGGUAAGUCACCUUUGAUGCACUACACUGCUGAUGGGGAUGCCAUACAAACAAUCCCAACUAUCCCUGGAAGUUUAGAAUAACUAAAUUCAAGGCUAUCUGGUUAGCUCGCUAGCUAGCGGCCGCCUCGUGUCCCUGCAGAAUAAGAGUUGUUGUAAACAAUGAAUUAUAGAAGUGUAAAGGUGACUGCAGGCGUGUUAUUUCAUGUCUACAGGGCUCUAAUAAUGUUAAAACCCAUAUUUUGAAAGCCACAAACAGCUUUUCUAUGCUAUAACUAUGAAUAUAAGCAAUUUAUUAACACUAAACCAAUUAAAGUCUAUAAACUAGGGACGAAUGGUACUAGAAUGGAGAGAAUGAGGUCGACGGUGCGUUACUGCCCCCUGGCGGUAAGACGCAGUAGUACAAACAGGCUGUCAGGAAGUGACUUUCACUCACACUAGUCGUUAUUUUUAUUUUAUUGACAGACUUUCUCAAAGAGUUCAUGCAUGUUUAAACAACAACAUGGUAACAAUCAAAUCGUUAUGUAAAAUGUGAAUAAUUUGUUUUACAAAAUUGAGGUGAAAAUCGGGUAAGGUUUAAAAUGUUUACAGGGUUUAAAUCUAGCCGGUCUUUGAGUAGAAUAUGUAGAAAUAUAUUCAUCCUUUGAUAAUACUUUUUUUUGUCCAUCUCAUAUUAUAAUGUAGCCAGAUUUGAGGCUCACGUGUCCUCCUGAGGUUUUGUGGACCUGAACCAGACUGGCAUUGUCACACUUUGUUUUCAUUCUGUAAAAUGAAUGAUGUAAAAUAUGAAUAAAUGCAGCAGCACAUGCAGUAACCACGUCUGGCCACUUGAGGGCAGCGUACGUACGCCUGGAAAUUGCGUCGCUGCAAAGACUGUGAUGCUCUUUUUUGACAGGUAUGUUUAUUAUGUACAAUUUUAUUAUUGCAGAUAAGAAUAGUAAAUUAUUAUUAUAAAAAAGAGUCUCCUUGACGAGGUAAUGUAGUUUUUAAACACCUGUAAAGUACGUUUCCGUCCACUGGAAAAAAAGUUUGUUCCCCCGCGGUGCACUAUGAGGACAGUGCUAUCUUUAUAUCUUUAUCUUCUUACCGAGAAUAAGAUUAUUUCUGUCCUCGUCCUCCAGAUAUGAAAGCAGAAGUUGAACGCGUUGAGCUCAGCACAGGAGGAACAGGAAGCCAUGGAGCUCAAGACAGAGCAGAAUCUCUUUGCUGCUUUCAAGCUUUAACCAAGUCCACUUUCUUCGAGUGUCCUCUUCAAACGUCCAAAAAAAAAAAAAGAAAA